UAACAAUCUGCGAUUGAGAUGGCAAAGUAACAUUUUCGCUAGAAUAAUUUAAGUAAUUUCUGGGAUUAUUAGCAUCGUGACUAAUAUUUUGGACGAAGGAAAAAACAUCGUAAUUACUACAUUUAAUAAAAAUGAAGAAAACAUGGAUAUAAAACUUCAAACACUUUCCGACAAACUUACAAAGAAGGAACGUAUGCUAAAACAAUCGCAAUAUAAGAUAAAAAGCGUAGAAAAUGCGUUGAACGAUAUAGAAAGUAAAACUUCAACUUGUCGAAAUCGUUACAAAUCUUUAAUAAGCGAUCUUAAAUUAGAUGUCCAUAAAACCGAAGAAGAGGUGAAAUGUUUGCAAAGUCAAGUUUCCAAUUUGUCUCUUCGACGAGAGGAAUUAAAGAAAGAGGCUGUUAAGCAACAAGAGGAGUACGAAACAAUGCUCGCACGUUUCACCAAAGAUCUGGAAAAUAAAGGAUCAGGAUGUGUUUCUGGCUACGAGAAAUCCUUAUUUUCUUUAAAUAAAACUUCAGUCCAUUUUCGAUUACGAAGUACGUAGGAAAAUAUUAGCAAAUAAAAUACUAUUUGUUUCUGGAUUUAAUUUUUGCUGUCUUUUCUAUAAUCAAA